UGUUCUAGAACAGGGGUGUCAAACUGGCGGCCCUCCAGCUGUUGCGAAUCUACAAGUCCCAUCUUACCUCUGCCUUUGGGAGUCAUGCUUGUAACUCUCAAUCUUGCAAUGCCUCCUGGGACUUGUAGCUGGAGGGCCGCCAGUUUGACACCCGUGUUCUAGAAGGCAGUGGUGUCAAACUGGCGGCCCUCCAGUUAUUGCAAAACUACAAGUCCCAUCAUGCCUCUGCCUUUGGGAGUCAUGCUUGUAACUGUCAAUCUUUCAAUGCCUCAUGGGACUUGUAGUUUGGCAACAGCUGGAGGGCCGGCAGUUUGACACCUGUGCUGUAAG